AUGUUGGCUCUAUUCGCUUUUUUUCACGUCUACAGCGAGGCGGCGACGUCUUUCAUGCACUUUCGUGAUCCGAACGUAUGGUCGCCACUACAUCAACUGGACGAGACGAACAACAUUCACAAACGUUCAGCUUAUAAAUGGACAGAGGAGUGGUUUGAUGAUGUACCUGUCGACCACUUCUCAUUCGCCAAUAGGGACAAUUUCAAGCUACGGUAUUUUCUUAACAUCGAAAACUACAAAGCAGGCGGUGCGAUCUUCUUCUAUACGGGAAACGAAGGAAAUUUGGAAAGUUUUGCGAUAAACACGAAACUUAUUGGCGCGCAAAAAUCACCAGUGAUUGCUUUUGGUGGAUCAUACGGUGGGAUGUUGGCGGCUUGGAUACGGAUUAAGUAUCCGCACAAAGUCGAUGGAGCCAUUGCCUCGUCAGCCCUAGUGUUCUGGUUCAUAGAUUCCAAAAUUCCAGCAGACAUCUACGAUAAGAUUGUCACUCGUUCAUUUAUGGCGGCAGGCUGCAAUCGAAAAGCGAUUGAAAAAGGAUGGGUGGCAAUGCGGAACCUUGCACAGACAGCUUACGGUCGAUCAUACUUGAACGAGUUGUUUCAUCUUGAGAAGAAAUCUCGCCUUACUUCCGAAGAGGACUACAAAUUUCUUUCCAACUACAUCAAGGAUGUGUUUGAAAUAAUGGCAAGGGUGAACUAUCCCUAUCCGUCCAAUUUCCUCACUGCAUUGCCUAGUUGGCCAGUGAAGGUCGUCAACCUUUACUAUAACUAUACCGGAACAACAAAGUCACUUUGCGCGAAUCCAUCGUUUUGCUCCAGAUUUGCCGCAGCUCUUGGCGAUCCUUUGGGUUGGCCAUGGCAGUAUUGUACGGAAAUGGUUAUGCCGCAGUGUUCGAGUGGAUGGCCUAACGAUUUUUUUUGGGAAAGCUGUCCAUUCACCGUUCAAGGAGCGAUUGACGAAUGUAAAGUCUGGUAUGCUUCCAAAAAUGCUGUUCAUUAA